AUGUUCGUAGACGAAGCCGGCGAGAGCGGAUACGCGACCGUUGGCGCGUUGCAACGCACUGCGCGCCUUUGGGACCCCUCGACUAUCGGACUCUCCACCGCGGCAGCCAACCGUCCAACGCCUGGAAAUGUCGAAGGAAACGCAGGCGAAGAUGAGAGAGCGCAUCAGAAAGAUAGCUCCGCCAUGAUGCCACCUACGGUUAAGCUCGACCUCGUCAACGCCGUCGGUACUGCAAACCCCAAGAGACACCCACAUACGGCUGUAGUGAGCGUCGGAGAACAAAGAAGCUACGAAAGAAGCCAGGUGCCGUGGUAUCGCAAAGAGCCCGAGCAAUCCGAGGACGAGAGGAGCUACCAGAAGCAUUCGGCCAAGGGAAACAGUGCCGACAAGUUGGAAAUUCUGGGUAGGAACCGCACCACGGUCCAUGUCGAUGCACACCGGAUAAGUGGAAUGAAGAACAACGUUUAA